UCCCGGUGACGUCACGCUCGACGCAGCGGCACGUAGAAUGGAGGAGCUUCUCUAAGCUUCCUUUCAGUGCAGCAGAAGGAGCCGUUGGCUUACAGGGCGCCUUCGACUCUCCGCGCGGAUCUGCUUCAGUUUGCAAACCGAGACUAAGCGGCGGAUUCUAGGCGACAUUUCAGGAGAUGGACAACAGCAGCCGGACUGUGGUGGUGACUGGUUUCGGACCAUUUGGAGAGCACACUGUCAAUGCCAGCUGGGUAGCAGUGCAGGAAAUGAAGAAACUGGGACUGGGCAAGAAUGUGGACCUGCAUGUUCACGAGGUUCCAGUAGAGUACCAGAAAGUCCAGAGUUUGGUCCCGUCGUUGUGGAAGCAGUAUCAUCCACGGCUGGUAGUUCAUGUCGGACUCUCGGGGAUGGCCACCACUGUGACACUGGAGAAGUGUGGCAGAAAUCACGGCUACAAAGGCCUGGACAACAGCAGCUUCUGUCCAGACUCACAGUGUUGCAUUGUGGGAGGCCCAGACUGCAUCAACUCUGUUAUUGACAUGGAGUCAGUCUGCAAGAGAGUAACCGCUUCAGGCCUGGGAGUAGCUGUAUCCGUCUCCAAAGAUGCUGGAAGGUACCUCUGUGAUUUCACCUACUACACAUCUCUGUACCUGAGCCACGGCCGCUCUGCCUUCAUUCACGUGCCUCCUCUCGGAAAGCCUUACACCGGGGAAGAACUGGGCCGGGCGCUGCAGGCCAUCAUCAGCGAGAUGCUGGAGCUCCUGGACCAGGCAGAAGAGAAGAUCCACUGCCAGCAGCACAUCCACUAAGUGACCUCAGACCAGCCUCUCCAGCCACACAAGAGAAAUUGCACUUGACCACAAGUAGCCAAAACUUAUUUUUCUUGUUUCUUUUUUACUCUUGUCUUUACUUUGACAUAAGGAACUUCUGAGAUUUGGCUGUUUUGUAGCAUCUACCUGUUUUUAUUAUUAUAUAUAUGCUUCUGAUUUUCAAAGACCUUCCUCAGUUAAAGCCUCCCGAUGGCGAAAAGAUUAAAAAGGGAGUCUGAAGGCAACCUUUGGUCACAUUUAACUUUUUAUCCAAUAAAACAUAGUUGUUGUUUUUUUAAAGGUGCCAUGACAUCA